AUGGGGACCUUCAUAGGCCACGCACUGACUGGAAGCUUUCUCUUCUUUUUCGGAACAUGGUGGACCUUCGCAGCGUGGCGCAAUUACGUUCGCAGCCGGGAGACUAAGCGACGCUACCAAUGCCGUUGCUCCUACGCUGUGCCCGGUCUGCCUCCGAAAUUUAGCACCGAAGGUAUCGUGAAGAUUACUAGCUGUUGCAUAUGCAUUGCCAUGGAGUCUUCCGUCACUUCCAGACGCAACAGCCUCGCAUACACGGAAAGCGUACUGCAACAGACCAUGUACGCGUUCUUCCUGCUCAAUGGCGUCGUGGACGUCUUGUACAACGCCGGAUUACCACUCCCACCGAACACGGACUACGUGGUGCUGCUGAUCGCCACCGCCUCCGAAGGCCUGCUGUUUCACUUCUACCUGCAAGGCAAGCCGCUACUCGACGUCAUGAUUCACACGCUCUUAGUGUACACCAUCGCUGCUCUGGUUGCCUGUCUUAUUGCCGAGAUGUGUCGACCCCGAAGCAUUCUGGCGUCCUUAGGUCGAGCUUACUUCUGCCUUCUGCAAGCCACAUGGCUAUGGCAGAUUGCCUUUAUCCUUUACAAUCCGCGGCCUGGAUACAAACCCUGGGACGUGCAGAGCCACGUAGACUCGAUGAUGGCCGCAAGCGUAUUUGCUUGGCAUAUGAUGGCAGUGCUGGUUUACCUUGGCACCUUGGGAGCUGUGGCAUGGGCGGUGAACGAAAUGUGUGGCUCGUUCUGCGAAGACCUUGCCAUCGCGGAUGCGGAGCGGGUCGGCAACUACUGUGAAGCGUUCAUAACGCGCGACAUGUGA